AUAUAUUUCUUCCCGCCACAUAUAAAGGCUCGCUUUAAACACAAGUAUCCCUUCAAUCUCGGCUCAAGACUUGCACGUUGUCACCAGAUAUAAGUAUCGUCACGAAACCCCACGCUUAUCUCAGCACAUCCAACGCAUACCCCCAAACCACACCAUCCACCAAAUUCUAAACAUGAAAGUCACUUUCAGAUUAUCGACGGAAUCCUCGUUUUCGGUCACUAUCCCACACAACUCCACUGUGGAGGAUUUGCGUAACGCUGCAAAAGUCGGCUGCCCAUCAUCCGCAAAGUUGCCGCUGGACUUCAAGCUUAUCUACAACGGGGUCAAGCUUGCACCCUACUACAAAACCCUAGAUGCUCUCAGUGUGCGUCCGGAGGAAGACAGCAUCACCGUGAUCCUCAUGAGCGAGGGCUCGGACACGCCGAUUGCGUCCCCACAGUUGGCGCCAGUCGAAAAUGUGGCUGUGGCACCAAGAAAGAAGGCCAAGAAAAACAGGUGUUCUUUCAAAAGCUGCUCUGCAUCGCCGCUCCGUAUGGUAGGUGACUGCGGCCAGUGCAACGGGAAGUUCUGUGCAAAGCACCGCUUGUUGGAGGACCACCUGUGUUCAGGGUUGCAGUUUUGCAAGGACAACGCCCAUGAAAGGAACGCUAUGAAACUACAAAACGAAAGCACCAUUGCUUCUCGCGUUUGAAGCCGGGAUGAACAUCCACAUGGCCUCGUUUAGAAUCGUCACUGUGUGGCAAUGCUAAUACCUACUUUCGUUUAUCGAGCUUCGCACCUUUAAAUCUUUUCAAUAAACCACUGUCUAAAUGAGUCUCCUU